ACAAGGGAGCGUUUCCUUAGCGACUAAUCAAACGACCUUUCAUAAUCCCCAACUCUAAAUACAUCGAAAGUUCCAACUGGUCUUUCACUCUUUUGCAUAGCCCCCAGCCCAGCUUAUUCCCUUCCACGCUUCCAUUCCACCACCACGCUGAUCACGCGCCACCACGAGCAACACCGAUGGCGCGCACCGGCGGCGCCGCUGCCCUCUUCGUGCUCGUCUGCUGCCUCCUCGUGGGCUCUGUCCCGGCGCGCCGCCCCGUCGAGCUUCCGACGCAAGUAGUACCCGUCGCCGUUGACCGCGUGGCCGCCGCCGAGCCGCUUCUGGCCAAGCAGUUGGCGGCUGCCGAGGCGGCCGACCCGACCAAAGUCCACUCCAUAACAGCGGAGGAGGAGAUGGAGGUUCACCCGGCCCGCCAGCCCCCCCAGAUCAUCCGGUGCGGCGGCGACGACGUGGCGGUCUCCGACGAGUCGCUGGCCUUCGGCGGCCAGGGCCAUCCAGCGUUGAAGAGCGAGAUGCUGGAGGAGCACGGGCCGGAACAGGAGCGGCCCGGCGAGGACUCUUUCUCGGACACCGAUAGCGACUCGGAUUCAGACGACGAGGACAGUGAGGACGGGAUCGUGGCGUGGUUCUGGAGGCUGGCGCGUCGCUUCUGAUCGAUCAAUCUUGGCCGCUCAUUGUGCUGUGAUAUACUACUAGUUCUGUAUUUGUGUAUGCUUUUGCGAGUUUGGCGCUCUGUACAUAAUAGUAGAUGAAUAAAUGGCAAUCCGGUGUUAUUGUACAA